GGUAAGUAAGAUGGCCGUAUAGACGUCAUAGCCAGCAAGUAAACUAACGAGCUAGAUGUUUUACGGUUUAUUAGAAAUUCAGCAUUCUAAAGCUGUAUGUCUUGUUGAAUAUCGCAAGCUGCCAUGGAGACACCAGAACCAGGCCCAGCAGAUGGAGAGGAGCGGCUAGUGGAGCUGAGGCCGCGGACUCGUUCCAACCCAGAGGGGGCGGAGGACCGGCGCAGCAGCAACGGCAGUAUCGGCAACAACAGCACUCCCCAGCCGGCUGUGGGCAGCCGCAGUGAAGGCGAAGGGGAGGCAGCCAGCACUGAUAGCCCUCCUAGCGCUACUACCACGACCACCACCACCGUCACUGCGGCCUCUGCUGCUGCCACCACCACCACCCCUGCAGCAGUCAGUACCACAACCCCCCCUGCCAAAGACAGGCCAAAACCAGCGCAGCCUUCUCCAGCACCACCCCUGCCCCCCACCGCGGAUUUCCAGCUGAGAGCACCCCGAGUCAACUGCCCGGAGAAAGUGAUUAUCUGUCUGGACCUGUCAGAAGAUAUGUCUCUGCAGAAACUGGAGUCCUUUAAUGGAUCCAAGACGAACGCGCUGAACGUCUCUCAGAAGAUGAUCGAGAUGUUUGUGAGGACGAAGCACCGGAUCGACAAGCGUCACGAGUUUGCCCUGGUGGUGGUGAACGAUGACGCUUUGUGGUUGUCAGGUUUUACCUCUGACCCCCGGGAGCUGUGCAGUUGUCUGUACGACCUGGAGACCAACGUCUGUGAGACUUUCAAUCUUGAAGAUCUUCUAAAUGUUAUCCUACAGAAGAUUGAGCUCCCCUUCAUGGACAACGUGCAGACCAUCCCUCCUCCAUACGUGGUGCGCACCCUGCUGGUCUACAACCGCCACGCGGGGCAGCUGCAGUUCAGCCCGUCGGAGGCCGUCAGCAAGAUGCUGCAGUCCCCGUAUUUCUUCUUCGACGUGGUUUAUUUACACAAUGGCGCGGAGGAGCAGGGGGACGAGAGCAGCUGGAAGGAUGUUUACGCUUCUUUCUGCGACUUGGACUCGAAGGGCAUGUGCUACCAAUUUGAGGUGUCGCUAUGCGGCCCCGCCGUCGAGCUGCACAACUGCAUGGCCAAGCUCCUGGCCCACCCCCUGCAGAGGCCCUUCCAGACCCACGCCUCGUACAGCUUGCUGGACGGGGAGGAGCCCCAGGAGGUGGAGGCCACCGUCUGACCGCCCCGGGGGGGCACGUGGGAAGGCCGGAGGACCGGUGACGCUGGGAAGAGGAGGCGUGUGUCGUUUUCACAGGUCUGUGCUGUGGCCCCUCCCGUACUCUGAGCGAUAGCCACGGCACAGCCUUCAGAAGGAGACCUGGCCCUCUCCGUGGCUGUCCUUUGGAAAAGCCUGAUGAGAAAGUGUCUCCAGUCGCACAGAGAAUUACACGUUUGCUUUUGUGGGCGUACGCCUGCGCGUUACUGUAAGUCGUCGUUUUCCCUGUAAGCGUUGGUCAUUAAAGAUUCUCCAUAUCCCCCAUGUUCAGCCAGGCUUCUGGAAGUAGCCAUUUACUUUUUCCAUUAUUCUUUCCUGUUGUAAUAUAUUUUUAAUGAUGGGUGUUUUAAACUGAUUAUUUGUUAAAUCUUUCUUCUUUUUUUUUGUUUUGUUCUGGACAUCAACGGAGAAAUGCGGGGGUAGGACUGGAUAGUGGUUUUAACUGAAAAAGGGAAGAAUUCUAACCAUGCAUAGUGGUGCGUAGUACUUACUGAAUUUUCAAGUGCACUAAAACAUUCAUUGUACAAAAUUGUUGAUUUUAAAGCUGUCUCUGGAUUAAAGAAAAAAUGAAAUCCUA